AUGCCAAUGGCGUCAGUUGCCGAAUGGGACAAUGAAUAUGCCCGCCUUGCCCGCGUCUCCUCUCAAAUGAGAACCCAAGGUCUUCAGUCUUCCGGAAGUGCAGAUCCGCAGCAAUUGAAUCAACACUUGUCACGACUUGACGCAGCGUUGAUCUCUUUGCCUCUUCCAGCUGCCGAGGUUCAACGUCGCCGUCGUCUCAUACAAGGUCUAAAGACUAACGGUGCUGGCGCUGCUGGUGCGGGUUACAAUCCUCCGCAACAAGGAGGAGGAGCAGCCCAACCACCGCAACAACAACAACAACAAUCGUUGAUGCAGGAUGCCAUUAAUCGACAGGACGACAUGAUUGAUGAAUUGGCAAUUGGAGUUUCAAGAUUACGCGAUCAAACUCAAGUGAUUGGAGACGAAGCUCGGAUGCAUGUCAAUUUGUUGAAUGACAUGGAAUCCAACCUGGAUUCGGCCCAUGCGGGACUCGAAGCGGAAACCAGACGAGCUGCACAACUCCAAGAGGACAAAUCCGUCUGGAGGUUGCAAUUGACUGUGGCGGGACUUUCCGUCUUGUUGGUCUUGCUCCUCUUGGCUGGAAUCUCCUAA